AACAAAAAAUAAAAAAUUCCCUUUUUUCUUGUCAUAUUCACUUUACAGUUGAGACGCCAAGUUUAUAUAAUAUGAAGAAAACGCGUUGAUCUUGUAAAUCCCGUCGACAGCAGCAACAACACCCUCUCUCACAAAAUCACAAUAUUUCUUUGUACAAUCAUGCCCUCAACUUUCGCACCAUCACGGAUUCAUAAACCGGACGCAUUCAGUCAGAGAAACUAGCGAGAUCAUAAGGCGCAGCCGUUUUGCAUCACCCAUCAGAGCCCCUUUUCCUGAAUCACUCUCAAUUUCAAGAAAGACUGAAUCUUUGGCAAGUGGGGUUUGCGAUCGGAGUGGAUGGCGGAGAUAGUGAAGCAGUUGCUGGCGAAGCCGAUCCAAUUGGCGGACCAGGUGGCGAAGGCGGCGGAAGAAGCGAGUUCCUCGUUCAAGCACGAGUGUUUGGAGCUCAAAUCGAAGACCGACAAGCUCGCGGGGCUUCUCCGACAGGCCGCACGUGCGAGCUCCGACCUCUACGAGCGUCCGACGCGGCGCAUCAUCGCCGACACGGAGCUCGUGCUCGACAAGGCCCUGUCGCUUGUCAUGAAGUGCCGCGCCAACGGCCUCAUGAAGCGCGUCUUCAGCAUCAUCCCCACGGCGGCGUUCCGCAAGAUGUCGUCGCAGCUCGAGAAUUCCAUCGGCGACGUGUCGUGGCUGCUCCGCGUCUCCGUCCCGGCGGAGGACCGCGGCGACGAGUACCUGGGCCUGCCGCCCAUCGCCGCCAACGAGCCCAUCUUGGGCCUCAUUUGGGAGCAGGUGGCGACGCUCCACACGGGCUCCCUCGACGACCGAUCCGACGCCGCCGCCUCGCUCGUGUCGCUCGCGCGUGACAACGACCGCUACGGGAAGCUCAUCAUCGAGGAGGGCGGUGUUGGGCCCUUGCUCAAGCUCAUCAAGGAGGGUAAAAAAGAGGGCCAAGAGAACGCCGCCAGGGCUAUUGGGCUUCUGGGCCGUGACCCUGAGAGCGUCGAGAUCAUGAUCCACGCCGGCGUUUGCUCUGCCUUCGCCAAAGUCCUCAAAGAAGGGCCCAUGAAAGUUCAAGCUGUGGUUGCCUGGGCCGUCGCUGAGUUAGCAGCUAAGUACCCUAAAUGCCAAGAUCUUUUUCUUCAGCAUAAUAUUGUUCGCUUGCUUGUGAGUCAUCUCGCUUUUGAAACCGUUCAAGAGCAUAGUAAAUACGCCAUUGUCAGCAACAAACCCACAUCAAUCCAUGCUGUUGUUAUGGCUAGCAAUAGUAAUAAUAAUAAUAAUAAUUAUAAUUAUAAUUAUAAUCAUAAUUCUAAUGUGAGAAGGGAGAGUGAAGAUGAGGAUAAGCAGGUACAGAGUAGGAUGCAGCAUCCCUUGGGCGAUAGGUCCACUAAUCAGAUGCAUAGAGUCGUCACAAGUACCAUGGCAAUGCAUGCUGCCACCAAGCAGCAACAGGCACAACCCAAUCAAGUGAGUGAAGCAACGCAGAACUCUCAGCCACAGGGUACUACUCCGCCCAAGGCCAAUGGCAAUAGUAAUGCCGUUGCCAAUGGCAAACAAAGCCAUCAACAAAGCUAUUCCUAUUCGGGGAUUAACAUGAAGGGAAGGGAGCUUGAAGACCCUGAGAACAAGGCUUACAUGAAAGCCAUGGCGGCGAAAGCCCUCCGGCAGCUAGCCAAGGGCAACCCCGCCAUUUGUCGAAGCAUAACAGAGUCGCGGGCUCUGUUGUGCUUUGCCAUUCUCCUUGAGAAAGGGAGUGAGGAUGUGAAGUACAAUUCUGCCUUGGCAGUGAAGGAGAUUACAGCAGUGGCAGAGAAAGAUGCAGAAUUGAGAAGAUCAGCAUUCAAGCCAAACUCUCCUGCUUGCAAAGCUGUUGUGGAUCAAGUGCUUAAGAUCAUAGAGAAGGAAGAUACCAAACUCCUGAUUCCUUGCAUAAAGGCUAUUGGGAACUUGGCAAGGACAUUCAGGGCAACAGAGACAAGGAUAAUUGGUCCCUUGGUGAGGCUUCUAGAUGAAAGAGAGGCAGAAGUAUCACGAGAAGCUGCUAUCUCUCUCACAAAAUUUGCCUGCUCGGACAACUACCUCCACCUUGAUCACUCCAAGGCAAUUAUAAGUGCAGGUGGUGCAAAGCACUUGGUCCAGCUUGUGUACCUUGGAGAACAGACAGUUCAGAUUUCAGCAUUGGUUUUGCUCUCCUACAUUGCAUUGCAUGUGCCAGACAGUGAGGAACUUGCUCGGGCUGAGGUGCUUGGCGUGCUUGAAUGGGCUUCCAAGCAACCUAACGUGACGCAGGAUGAAACACUCGAGGCAUUGUUGCAAGAAUCCAAGGGUAGGUUGGAGCUUUACCAGUCUAGAGGUUCAAGAGGAUUCCAAAAAUUACAUCAAUAGGAAGCCUAAGUUUUUCAUUGUUCUGGUUGUGACUGUGAGGUUUGUUAAUCAUUCUAUCUGAUUGAUUGUUCUUGUGAGUGUAUAUACAAUCAAAUGCCUUAUCCCAUUCAUAUUUGUUUUCAACUAUAAAAGGAACUAUUUACCUAAUC